AUGUCUCUUCAUUAUCUAUCUAUCUAUCUAUCUAUGUAUACAUGUCUGUUCAUUAUCUAUGUCUAUUCAUAUCAUUCUCUAUAUAUCUAUCUAUCUGUCUAUCUAUCUAUGUCUCUCUUCAUAUCUAUCUAUCUAUCUAUCUAUCUAUCUAUCUAUUUAUCUAUCUAUCUAUCUAUCUCAGUCUGUUCAUAUCUAUCUAUCUAUCUAUCUAUCUAUCUCAGUCUGUUCAUAUCUAUCUAUCUAUCUAUCUAUCUAUCUAUCUAUCUAUCUAUCUCAGUCUGUUCAUAUCUAUCUAUCUAUCUAUCUAUCUAUCUAUUUAUCUAUCCAUGUCUGUUCAUCUAUCUGUUCAUAUCUAUAACUAGCUCGCUAUACAUCUAUCUAUCUAUCUAUCUCAGUUCAUAUCUAUCUCAGUCUGUUCAUCUAUCAUCUAUCUAUCUAUCUAUAUCUAUCUAUCUAUCUAUCUAUGUUUCUUUUCUUUCAUCCAUGUUUGUUUCAUUAUCUAUCUAUCUCAGUCUCAUUCAUCUCAGUCAUUCUCUAUCUAUCUAUCUAUCUAUGUUUCUUUCUUUCAUCCAUGUUUGUUUCUAUCUAUCUAUCUAUGUCAUAUCUAUCUCAGUCUGUUCAUAUCUUCUAUCCAUCUAUCUAUCUAUCUAUCUAUCUAUCUAUCUAUCUAUCUAUCUAUCUAUCUAUGUUUAUUAUCUCUCUAUCUGUCUAUUUCACUUUUUCAUAUAUAUCUAUCUAUGCGGUCACUAA